UGGGCCUGGGCUGGGGCUGGGGCGCCGGCGAUGUCUCAAGAUGGCGGAGCUGGGCGAAUUAAAGCACAUGGUGAUGAGUUUCCGGGUGUCUGAGCUCCAGGUGCUUCUUGGCUUUGCUGGCCGGAACAAGAGUGGACGGAAGCACGAACUGCUGGCCAAGGCCCUCCACCUGCUCAAGUCGAGCUGUGCCCCCAGCGUCCAGAUGAAGAUCAAAGAGCUCUACCGCCGGCGCUUUCCCCGGAAGACCCUGGGGCCCUCUGACCUCUCCCUGCUCUCCCUGCCCCCUGGCACCCCCCCUGUAGGCUCUCCGGUUCCUCUGACUCCCAUGCCCCCUGCUCUCUUGACCCCUGGUACCUUACUGGGCCCUAAGCGUGAGGUAGACAUGCACCCCCUUCUGCCUCAGCCCGUGCACCCUGACGUCACCAUGAAGCCAUUGCCUUUCUAUGAGGUCCAUGGCGAGCUCAUCCGGCCCACUACCCUCGCAUCCACGUCCACCCAGCGAUUUGAGGAGGUGCACUUCACCUUUGCCCUCAUGCCACAGUUCUUCUACAUACGGGCAAGAAUCCAAGGCUUUGGCUCAUCCUCUCCUGCUUUCCCAUGCUGUCUCAGGCCACUAAUAGAAAAGGCCACAGAUCUGGUGCAGCUGCAUGACAGAGUGACUGCCUGCCUGGCCUUCUAG